AUCAAAGUUCAAGCCCUCUUCUUGGCGCGACACCCGCACACCAUCUUCUUCUUUUCCGAUCCCGGGACAGAGCGAGAGAGAGAGAGAGAGAGAGAGAUGGAGGAACCCCGCUCAGCACUCCUUCCCCUCCGACGUCCACGUCUUGCGCUUCUGCUGUGUCUCCUCGUCCUCUUAGUCUCCGAGUCCCCUGCAGCUUCCUCCGCCGACGCCGGGACGUCCAUCUCGACGGCAGCGUGGGUGCGGAGCACGGGCGGCGGCGGCAGCGGCAGCGUCGGGCGCAUCGCGUGGGACAGCAACAUCACCCUCCUCGGCGACGCGUCCCUCAAGAACGGCACCAUCAGCCUCACCUGCGACACCCUCACCUCCGGCGUCGGCGCCGGCCGAGCCCUCUACUCCCGCCCCGUCCGCUUUCUUGAUCCCGCCACCCGCGCCCCGGCCUCCUUCGCCACCACCUUCGCCUUCUCCAUCCGACCCUCCACCUACUCAUCCUCUUCCGCAGACUCCGCCCACCACCUCGCCCCCUUCCCCAGCUUCGGCGACGGCCUCGCCUUCCUCCUCACCUCCGACCCCCGCUUCCUCGGCGCCGCCCACGGCUUCUUGGGCCUCUUCUCCGACGCCGCCCCCUGCCCCGACCCCGCCACCGUGGCCGUCGAGUUCGACACCAGCCUCGACCCCCUGCUCCGCGACAUCGACGACAACCACGUGGGCGUCGACGCCGGCGCCAUCUUCUCCGCCGCCGCCGCCCCCGCGCGCGACGCCGGCGUCGACCUCAAGGAGGGCGUGCCGAUGACGGCAUGGGUCGACUACCAAGCCUCCCGCAAGACGCUGCGGGUCUGGCUCGGCUACUCGCGCUCGCGCCCGCCGCGCCCGCUGCUCGUCGCCCGCGUCGACCUCUCCGCCCUCCUCCGGGAGUUCAUGUACGUCGGCUUCUCCGCCUCCAACGGCCGCGGCGCCGCCCUUCACCUCGUCGACAGCUGGAGCUUCCGCACCUUCGGCUUCUCCUCCUCCUCGCCUUCCACUCCUCCACCACCUUCUUCACCAGCCGACGCCAACGACAGCAGCAGCGGCAGCGGCAGCGAUGAAUUACGGAAUUCUGGCGACGAGAUCACUCCUCCUCCGCGUCAGCGUCCCUGUCUGCCUCGGCUGGGUCCGGUCAGCGGGGGCAUUGCCGGAGUUCUCUUCUUGAUAGCAACAUCGACCACGGUGACUCUCUGGUGGCGUUUCCGAUGGAACUGCGACUGCGGCGACUGUGACUGCGGCGGUGAUGAGGAGGCCGGCAGCACCACGAGCGGAACACGCAGCUCGGUGAACGGCGAACCAAGCAUGGGAGUGCGCGGCACAGCGCCGCUGCCAUCCCUACCCGCUCGGAAUCCGGCUGUCGGGCUGCCGUCUCCGCUGCCAUCGCAGCCAUCGUCGUCGUCGACGACCAUUCCAGAUACGUGCUCUCGAUCUUCUGGUGCUAGUACUACCUACUUCAGUUGCAAUUAAUACAUACCCACGUACAUUUAAUAUUACAAUUGGAUAAAUUGCAUGUUUAAUCCUCUAACUGCAAGACAGGUAUUAAUUUCACCUCAUUCUUUAAUUUGUUAUAUUUUCUGAUUCUAAUUUUUAGUACUAUCGUAAUCAACUUCUAUAAUUUUCAAUUUAAUUGGUUAGCUAUUGAUUGUUUAAACCUCUAACUGCAACACGGGUAUUACUUUCACCUUAUACUUUAAUUUGUUAGAAUUUUUAGUUCUAACUUCUAGUAGUAUUGUAAUCAACUUUUAUAAUCCAAUUUAAUUGGUUAACUAUCGAUGUCGUAAAAAUAAGUGAUAUAAUAAUAUUUUGGUUAAAUAAUGCGCUAAUAAUUAUGGUACCGUAUCACUUUUAUAUGGCUAAUACCUCAAUAUUAAUCAAUUAAAUUAGAUUUUGAGAGCUCAUUAUAAUAAUAUGACCCAUCUCAUACUUAUUCUAAUAUUUGUAACAAUUAUGAAAAAAAUUAAAUGAUUUUUUUAAAAAAAUCGACUUUUUUAUUAUACAGUAUCGAAUGUUUAAUCAAAGAAUCUUCACCUUCAUUUGUAGUCUUUUGCUCUUUUUUUGUUUUUCUAAAUUGUUGAAGUAAUAAACCCACCGGCUUAUUUGUGAAAAGUGAUGCUAGAUCUAUAAUCGAAAAUAAACUGUAAUUCUACAAUAUUCUUUUCCAAAAGCUAUGUUUAAAAACAAAAAGAAAAUUGGUUAUCUUGUUAUCUAAUAUCCAAAAGCUAUGUUUAAUCAAAGAGCAUUUAGUGAGAACUUUCUCUACUGAGUGUUCUACAAUCCAAAUUGAAUUACAACUCCGUAACACUCAUGUGAAAGCAAAUUUUUAUCUACUAUUUUAUCGUUGUCAUUUUUGUUUUUAAACCAAAUAAGAAUUAGCACUUGGACGAGGAAACAUAGGAAUUAUAAUUUUUUUUGACAUAGACUUAGCAUUUCUCUUUUCUACAUAGGCUUAUAUUCUGGUGUACAUGUUUCAUUGAAUAAGUUAGGAUGGGGAUGGUUUUCAAUCAAUAGGUCAUUGAUUUGGCUAAUUACUCUAUACUUUUCUGAAAGAAAAAACUGGUCAACAAAUAUCGCCCUUACAUUCUCUCUCAAUUGGGUUAUAAUAUUUUAAUGGUAUUUAGUUAUGUAUACUAUUCAGUUUUUACUGCUAAAUUGCUUUGAGAUUUGAGCCACAAUGUCAGAAUGAAGGUUAAGGAGUAAGUGGACGGAACGGAGAAGCGCCAUUAACGCUCCCAUCCCCUUUGCAUUUUGAAAAAAAAGAAAAAAGGAAAAAAUAAAGGAAGCGAAUGAGCAAUAGAACCUUGUUGCUACUAGCCGACGAAAACAUUAAAGUAGGUUCUGCCAGCAAUCAAAAAAUGUGAGGUAAAAAAAGCUUCUUUUAAAUUUCUAUCUCAACAUCUUAUUCUCCUUCCAUCCAUUUCAAUCAUUUUCUCUUCCGGUCUUUAUUCCAACUCAAGAAAGAGGUCAACUCUCUCUCUCUCUCUCUCUCUCUCUCUUUAUCUCUCUGUCGUCUGUCUCUGUCUAUAAUUUUAAACUAAUGGAAUGAAUUAAAUCCUAAACAAAUUGAAAUCUAACUGAAUUGAAUUGUAGCUUGUAUUCUUAGUAAAUUUAUGUUGCCAAAAUUUUAAAAGAGAGAAUUGAACCUUAGCUUGUAAUUGUUUGUAAAUUUGUGUUGCUAAAAUUUCAAUAGAGCCUUUUCUUAUUUUUUUGUUUUUUCAUAUUGUUAUUUUAAACUAGAUACCUCAACUUUACUUUCUUUUUUAUUCAUAUCGUUGUUUGUUUAAAUUUUAUAAUUUUAAACUAGAACCUUAAUAGAUAGAUUGAUGUCCACUCAAGAAUAUUAGUUCUAUCUAUUCAUCAUAUAAUUAGUUUCAUCUCUGUUUUAUAGGUAAUAGCUACACUACUACUAAACAUAUACUUCAUCAACUUAUUCUUCAUCGUGUUGAUUUAGUAGAGAUCUAAUUCUUCAUUGCACUGUUUUGGAGGUAGAAGCAAUAAUGAAUUCAUUCUGGAGCAGUGGAAAUGGUCAAUCUUGUAUAGUUUGUACUAGCGUGGAAAAACGUUGAACAUCAAAACUUCUCAUACCUGUGCAAAUCCAGAUCGACUCUUCUACGAUUGUUCCAGCUAUAUUCAAGGAUCAAGUUCCAUUUUCAAUUAUUGUACAUUCUUUAAGUGGUGUAACUCGAAAAGUAAUUUCAUCCACCACUUGAUUUUCAAAAAAACUAGUGUUCAUGAAAAAGUUUUUUUAAAAUUUUAUGCAAAAGUCUUUUUUUUUCAGAUUUUUUAUCCGGAAAAUAAAACUAUGAAAAUGAUGUUACUAUGGAAAUUUUUUUUUUUUUUUUGCAGAAUACAAUUUUUUAUGAUUUUUUGAGGAACCAUACAAAACCCUAAAAGAAGAUCCAGUAUUGGAAACAAACAUCCAUCUAAGAAACAUGCAAACAAAUAAAAAUCUUAGUUUAUCAUAAAAUUUCACUACACCAAAAGGGAUUUUUUGUGGCAAUUAUUUAGCGGUGAUUAUCAAACGGCCGCUAUUAUAAUUAUUUUAUUAUACCUUUAGCGACAAUUAUUUUUAAAUAUAUAGUUUCAAUCUACUAAUAUUUAUAUAUUAAAUAUAAUCCUAAUCCAACCCCAACAUAA